AUGGCCACCGCCAUCUCGGUGCGAAUACCUGCUGGUAAAUUAGGCACAGUUCGUGUGGAUCGAACUGUCGAUAUUUAUCCGGCUUCCGUUAAUAACGAUGGAAAUGAUUUUAAUCCAAAUACCUCAUCGUCGUCAUCAUGUGUUCCAACUAUGGCAUUACACCGUCAAUUGACGAAGACAGCUGUAACAGCAAGUCCAACAACACUGAUCAUUGAUCAUAGUGAACAACUACAAGCGGAACACGAGGAGGCACAUAGCUAUAUUCCUGUUACCAAAUGGUUCGAUACAUCCAAUGAUAAUAAUAAUAAUAACAAUAAUAACGGUCGCGAUGAUGAGCAAGUAUCUGAUAUCGCAGUUAUCUAUUCGGUAGUUCGAAAUCCUCCAGCACGAGGAGCAUCGUCACCGAAAAUUGUCGUUUCGCCUACAUCAUCGAAUGUGAAAAGUAAUACUUCACGUCCAUAUGGAACGCAAAACUAUGCAUUGGAAGCACCAUUAACACCUGUCGUUACACAUACUUCAAAACAAGCGCAAAUCAAGUCACUAUCCUCGACGCGUACAAAUACUGCUCCUACUCUCACUUCGACAUCCGCGCCAACGUCACCUGAAUUCUAUUUAACGACGAAUUUAAUUCCAAGUAAUCCGCCAUCUCUACGUAUACAAUCAUCGACUUCAUUUACAUCUCAUGAUCGACCAUCAAUACCAUCUGUUGCUAUAAAACCACGUCCAUAUUCUUUUCGAAGUGCCGUUAAUCCGCCUAAUGAAACAUCAACACUACAGAAGGCAAAGACGGUAACCGUCGCAACACUUUCGACGAAAUCGAAUAGUACAGAUAGUUCUCAAUCGAUACGUUCGCGUCGUUCAUUUCGAGCUGCACCUCGGAAUGUGAUUGAACGACAACUAUCGAAUUUAACCGGACGUGUAUCACAGUUACACGACUCAUUUCUUGCUCGUCUAUCAGAUUUCACAUCGAGUACGAGUAGUCGCCAUCGAAAUCGUUCAUUAACAUCGUUACACACGAAUUCGGUUAACCCAACUAAUCUUCCUGACACCGAUUCACGUUCGAUACAAAACUCUUCGACAGCACGUCAUCAGCGACGUUCAGUUAAACCUCGACCGAAAUCGGAAACUUAUGAGGAUCAUCAUCGUGUCAAUGCAGCGGGUUCCUAUGCUCAAUUGACUCUUCUCGGUCAACCCAAACUAGCUUCAGCAUCCGCUCAAAAACUAACGCCAGGUGAUAAUCAAAAUGGUCGAGUAGCGUUUCGAACAAAUCCAUCGACAGGUUCUAUUCCGGAACGAUCGAAUAGUACGAUUAGCACACAAUCUUUGCAAGCAACGUUUGAUAACAAAAAAGUGAAAGAAAGCUAUGAGCGAAUUGCCAAACAACUUGAGAAAUCAAAAGCAGAUCUAGGAAGACAACGUACCAAAGGUCCAAAUCACAAUCCAACAAAAGUAGCAUUUAUUGAAAAUCAAAUUCGACAAUACGAACAACAAUUAAGUGAAAUCAAACGACCAGGAGAGUUAUCUGAGUCGUCAAUCGAAAUUUCAUCGGUCAAACCAAGUUUUAAUGUUGAUAAUCUCGGCAAUCAACCUGAUCCAUCAUCAUCCAAUCGAACAUCAACUCAAUCUGAUACUCCCACUGGUCACAAGAAACAGAAUUCUUUACCUGAAUCAUCUGUUCUACAAGUCAUGAAUAUUGCUGUUCCGACAGCACCAAAUCCGACGACAUCAGUUAGUUCGUCAUUGCAGAAUAUUAAACGUAAAUUGCAUUCUGGAAAGUCUGAGACUUAUGAUCUAGCAAAGUAUGGAGAUCCAUCUAAUGCCAUCCUUCCAGCAGAUGAAAAACAUGCAUUUCGGGAUACACUCGAUAAUGACGAUGAACUUACUGAAUUACCCCCAAAAACAUCUAUAUCAUCUUUCGAUGAUAUUCAACAGAAUAUCAAUGCAUCUAAUUGGGUACCAUUAACUAUUUUUCUUAGUUUUCUUUUCAAUGACCCAAACAGUGAUCCAACUCAUAUGCUAUUCUACUUUCUAACGGAAGAAUUACGCGUAAAAAGAGCUGAGAAUCGAAGCGAACUAAUUCGAUGGAUAUUUGAAAUUCAUUCCACAUUCACUAUGAAUGGCAGCCCCUUGUACAUUGGCCUUCCACAAGUACAAACAGAUUCGAUACAUCGUCAUUUAGAAACUCAACAACAAGAUAUUAAUGAGGAUAUGAAAUUAGUUUUUAAUGAUGCGAAAGAUUUUGCACGAUCAGUUAUUAUCGAUAAACAAUUGCCUGAAUUUAAUCACAAACGAACACUAGGUCUCUAUCGUGAUGUUGAUUUCUCUUCAAGUACAAAACAAACUCAUUUCAUCGAAGAAACACUUCGAUCAAAGUUCGAAUCGUAUUACAAAGCGAAUAUUGAUGAUUGGAACAGUAUUAAGAAUUCGAAAGAUCUGGCAUUGUUAUGUUCAUUAGCGACAUAUUUAAAACGUUGUGAUAUUAAAAAAUGUGGAAACAUUCCAUUGGAAAAAAUUCCGAAGUUUCUCGAUCGGGAACAGAAACGUCUAUUAUCGAAGUUACCGCGAGCGACAGUAUCGAAGCGAAUUAAAGAUCAUCAAUUGAAUGAACAUCAAUUCACUAUUCAAGUUCUAUGCAAAGUUUGUUCGAAACCAUUGUGGGGAAUCAACUAUCAAGGUUAUCUCUGUGGAUAUUGCCAACAAGCAUUUCAUCGUGAAUGUGCAUCGAAUAGUGAAAAAUGCUUAAAAGAUCGAAAAACUCAUAGUAUCACUAAUCCUGUUCUAAUUAAACCACGAAAAACGCCGAAAAAUCCGUCGAGUCCAACAAGAACUUCAAGUUUAAAUGAAGGACGCGAAGGAAGUCUUCCCAAUGAUGUUUAUGAAAAUAUGUCGGCAAUCAACGAAAACAACGAUCCAUCCAAUGCAAAUUUAUUGUCUAUCCAAGAACAGAAUAAGAAUUCAACUAGCUUGGGACGACGUUUCAGCGACCGGCAAGCAACACCGAAUCGACCGACGUCGAAACAUCGUUCGAGCAGUGAAAGCGACGCGAGUGAUCUUGAGGGUAAUCCGCAAAUGGGAGGAAAUACCAUCGACGAGCUGCUCAGCCGUGGCGAAAGCGAAGUUAUGCUUCAACAACAAGAUUCCAUCAAUUUCAAAGCCAAUUCAUUUGAUCUACCGACAAGUCCUGAGCCAUUGAAUCAACAAUCUACACCCACGGAUGGUGAUAGUGAUCUUGAAGCUGAUGUUAAUACAUUGCCAAAUCUAAGCGAUUUUAUUCCUAACGAUGUUCUUCAAGCACUCUAUCAAUCGCGUGAAUGGAAAUUACAAACAACGAUUAAUGAGCUAAUCCAUACGGAGCGAACACAUUUGAAAGGUUUAAAAAUCAUGAGAAAAUGCUUUCGCGAGCCAAUGGAACGUUUUCCGGGAAUGAGUCCCGUUGAACUUGAUUGUAUUUUUCGAAACCUUGAUCAAUUAAUCAAUUUACACACUCAAUUUAAAUAUGCACUACGACAGCAUCGUGAUGAAGCAAAAGAUCAUGUUGUUCGUCAUAUUGGUGACUUAAUUCUGAAAUUUCUUGAUGGCGAAAAGGGCGAACAAUUCGCUUGUGCAUGUGCAUAUUUCAUCGAAGAUCAAUCCCAAGCAUUGAAAUUAAUAAAAAAGAAAGAACAAUCAGCUGAUUUUGCUUUACUAAUGCGAACAUGCGAAUCCAAUCCGUUAUGUCGUCGAUUAACUCUAAAAGAUUAUCUUCCAUCAGUAAUGACGCGUUUCACCAAAUUGAAAAUGUUAUUCGAAGCAAUGAAAAAAUUUGUGUCCGACGAUGAAGUUGAAAGUGAAAAACUGAGCAAAUGUGUCGAAUGUGCUGAUAGUAUUUUGAAACGAAUGAACUAUGCACGUUUGAAAAAAGAACAAGAAGCUUUACUGAAACAAAUCAAAGCCAAUCUGGAACUUCAAAUUCCUAAUGAUGAUAAAUCCAUCAAUCUACAAAAUCUCCAGGAUUGUCUCGAAGUUACAAACAAUCGCUUGAUCUAUUCCGGUACGUUGAAAUUAUUACCGGAUACAACAGCACAAAAAACCGAAUUCGAAUGUUGUCUUUUCACGGACAUUUUCGUUUUCUUUCAAAAAAUUCCCAUUCAACCAUCCGAACAACGCGGUAUCGAAGAAACUUAUCGCUAUAUUUUGAAAGAACAUCAACGCGAUGCAAACAGUGGACGACACACCCGACCACGUACGGCAGUACCUGGAACACGAUUCACUGCAGCACAGAAUUUCAUUCUCACACCUAUUAUUCGAUUGGAACAUUUAUUAAUUAAGAAGAAAGCUUGCGGAGGUGCUCGUUCUUUCUAUGUCAUUGAUACAGAUAAAAAACAAUUGAUCGAAGUCGAAGCUAAUUCUAAAGAUGAUUUAGAAAAAUGGUUAGAAUGGAUCGAAAAAGCUCGAAAACGUUUUGACAAACCGAAAUCGUCACUUUCAAUAUCAAAUGAAAAGAAUCCUAAUUCAUCAAUCUCCUCGCCCUCACCCGUAUCAUCAACGUCUACAACAACAACAAUAACACCCCGAUCAGUAGUCAUCGAAGAACAAACAAACAUGCAGUUAGUUGAUCCAAAUCAAGUGAAAAUAACUGAUAAACAAACGUUAAUUGAAGAUACACCCGAAUCGUUAUGUAAUGCAAUCAUUGAAAAAGACAAAGAAUUAGAACGUUUAUUACAUGAAAAAGAAAUGCUUCUGUCGCGUCUGCUCAAUAUUCCUCAAGAUCAAAUCAAAGAUUCACCAGGAAAUAUUGCUUUAACACAUUCGACAAAACCAGCAUCGUCGCUAGAAGCGAUCACACAUGCAGCGAGCUGUCAUAAUCAAUUGAUGCAAACGAUUAGCCAAACACAAAAUCGAGCAGCACGAGAGAAGAAAGCAUCAGCUGUGGAGCUUCAGUCCUUGUGGACACCAUUAACACAACUCGGCGAACAGUUAAGUUUCGCUUUGAGAUUAACAAAUCAGCGAAAACAAGAUGCUCCAAUUGCUCGAGAUUACCGAUCACAUACUUCAGACACGCAAAAUUCAGUUUUACGACGAAAUAGUAGCAGUUCCAGUAGUACAUUAACAAUGACACCGUCAAUGCUUAGUAGCAUAUCUCAACCGUACUCCGAUCUGAAAGAUUCAAUGUCAAUGUCGUCACUUCACUCUUCCGAAUCACUUGGCUCAGUCGCUAUUCCAGCACAACAUCAAACAUACAACGAUAUGCCACAUUUUCAAAUACGAUUACCUUUAGCUAACGAACAAUUAUCAUCAAUAACCGAUUUAGAUGAAACAAUGAAAUCUGUUCCAUCGAACAACAAGCGUCAACAAUUGCAUAUGGCUACCGAAGUUGUUGAACGAUAUGAUGAAGGUGUUUUCGACGACGGUGCUACCAGUCAAACCGAAGAAGAUGAAAAUAACAGUGUAGUGAUUGCCGAUAGUGACGAUGAAGAUGAAAUAGAACAUUUCGAUUCUACUGACAGUAUUAUCGCUGCUGUUGAACAUGCUCAACAAUCGAAUAAUUACCUAAUGCAAAUGAAUAAUAUCCAAACAAAUUUAGAUAAUUCAAAUACAUCAACCGAAGCUCAAACUGUUAAUAUCGACAUGUUUGAUGAGGAAGUUUAUGACAAUGUCAAAUCCAAUAAUUCGUCAAUAACAGAUGAUAAUGACAAUCACACUAUACGAAAUUCUGCCAGCAAUGCGUGA